AUAUGACAGUAUAUGGAAAAAGAAAUUUUAAAUCGCAGUCAGUUCUAACUUCCAUUGAAGUUCGUAAUCGUGUUGCAAUAAAAAGCGAAUAAAGCGGUAAAGUGUUGGAAAAAUGCCUCGACGAGGACGUUCUGCGAGUCCACCACCAGCGCCCCAAAGGCGGGCUGCUCCUCCUCCCAGCCGUGUGCCUGCUCCUGCACCACCUUCUAUGCCGGCAACUAGCUCCGCUCAGCCUCAACAACCUUCUAUGUUCAGCCAAAUGGCCGCAACAGCAGGAGGUGUAGCCGUGGGGUCAGCCGUGGGUCAUGUGGCUGGUAGCGCUCUUACAGGAAUGUUUAGUGGUGGAGGUAGCAGUGAGCCAGCUCAGCAGCAGGCUGCUCAGCCAGCCCAAGCCACUUACCAGCAAUACCAGGGUACACAGCAACCACAAGGAGCCUGUGCUUGGGAAAUUAAGCAGUUCCUGGAAUGUGCCCAACAGCAAAGUGAUCUUUCUCUUUGCGAGGGAUUCAAUGAAGCUCUUCGUCAAUGCAAAGUCAACAACCACCUUUAAAUAAUCAGUGCAAUAGCUUUUAUCAUUUGAAAUUCUGUUUUAAUGGCUAAAUUAUUUGGCUACCUCAAGUCUCUAUUUCCAAUUCUAGGAGACAACUACCUGGCAAUUAUUGUUAAUUAGAAUUUUUUAAAGAUUAUUUUAGAUAAAUUUUAGUCAAUAUAAUUUUAUUAAUAUCCUUUUUGCUACAUAUGUAGCUGUUUAGACAACAUUAUUGUUAAUUAUUAGAAAUGACAUAUAUAAAAUACAUAUUAAAAUGUAA